CGUACGCUUGCUCAUACGUGACUACUGAGCACAUCAGCUGGCCUCUGGAGACAGAAGGACGAUUCCGCAGAAUAGGUCUGCUUGGAAGUUUGGAAAAUGACGGAGUCCCUCAUGAUAAAAGUUAUUUGCUUCAAUAAUGGGGCAAUGGAAUACGGAGAGCUGGCCGAUAUAGGCUUUGGACUUCAGAAUUUAAGAGGCGUUUUUGAGAUAGUCAUUGGAAACUCUGAGUUGUUUUCCAUAACUACAUUAAACGGGAUCAAGAGAGUUGUUGCUAAAACUAAAGUAAGACUGUGUAAAGCCAGAGACUGCAAUGACUGCUGUAAUUUACACCUGUGCAAAGCUUACCUCUACGGAGACUGCACGCGCAGGGGGAGGCGAGGGUGUCGCUUCGGCCAUAACCUGCGCACAGAGCACAACGCCCAGGUCCUGAGAGACAAUAACCUGCAUGAGCUGGAUAGGAGGGAGCUGUGCACGUUACUGCUACAGAACGACAACACCCUCCUGCCCCCUGUGUGCUUCUCAUACAACAAAGGCACAGGAGAGUUCGGCAGCUGCCCUGAUCAGCAGAGCUGCAGGAGACUGCACAUCUGUGAGCGCUACCUCAGAGGCACCUGCAGGUCAGGGGUGGACUGCCCCAGGUCACAUGACUUCUUUGAGCCCCACCCACUGAAAACCCUGCAGGAGAGAGGAAUCCCCAGUGAGCUGAUCGGUUCCAUGUUCUCCGUCUACCAGAACAUACAGGCCCUGAAGAACAACAGCAGCAACACACAGAGCACUCAACACACAGGAAAAACCAGCGCUGGCAGGUCAGCUCCAGAAAAGACAGAAAUCUGUAUGUACUACGUCAAGGGUAGCUGCAAACAUGGAGACAAAUGCCAGAGAGAGCACUCAACCCUGCCGUAUAAGUGGGAGGUGAAGUUUGGGAAGAGCUGGUCACCAGUCCCAGACAACGAGGAGAUGGAGAGGGACUUCUGCAACCCUUUCAAUGAGUACAGUGGAGGAUCCCCACCUGUGCACUUUGACACCAUGACCCGCGGAUCGGCCCAGGUGAGGCGUCUCUCCACCGUUUCCUCUGUGGUUCAGCCCACCUUCAUCCUCACCACAGAGUGGGCCUGGUACUGGCAGGACGAGUACGGGAACUGGAUCCAGUAUGCAUCACUGGAGGGACAGCACAGGUUGUCCUCCAUCACCGGCGAGGAUCUGGAGAAGAAGUACCAGGAGGACUGCAAUGCUGUGGUGGAGUUCGCUGCCGGCUCACAGACAUACAAGCUGUCUUUCCAAGACAUGACACAGACAAACGAACGGUACGGCACCAAGCGGCUGGUGAGAAGGAGACCCGUGUUCGUCUCUGCCGCAGACGCAGAGGCUGCUAGGACGAGCAAAAAGGGGCCCUACAGACCAUCACAUAAUUUCAAAGCGGUGCCCGGACACUGGGACAAAACCUUGAUGCCUGAUACUGGAUACAAGAAGGUUACCCUGCAAGCUUCUAUCUCCGAAUACAAGAAGAUCCUGGAUCUUUUCAAUAUGACUAUGAUGGGGUUCAGAAUUAGCAGCAUUGAGAGGAUCCAGAACAGAGCCUUGUGGGAAGUCUUUCAGUGGCAAAGAGACCUGAUGAGGAAGAAUAAUGGUGGGAAAAACGUCACAGAGAAGCUGCUUUUCCACGGCACUGACAGCAAACACAACGAUGCCAUUUGCCUGCAGAACUUUGACUGGAGGAUCUGUGGAACACAUGGGACGGCUUAUGGGAAGGGAAGUUACUUUGCCAGAGAUGCCAAGUACUCUCACAGCUACACCAGCUCUGUUGGAAUGAGGACCAUGUUUGUCUGCCGGGUGCUGGUCGGGAACUACACGAAGGGAAACUCCAGUUACCUUCGCCCUCCCUCGAAAGAUGGCGGAGACACCAUUUUCUAUGACAGCUGUGUGGACGAUGUCUAUGACCCCUCGAUAUUUGUGGUGUUUGAAAAGCACCAGGUAUACCCUGAGUACCUCAUUCAGUACGAUGAAGAUAUGAUAUGGGCUCGCUCUACCGUUACCGUGUCACCUGCGCAAGUUCCACCCCAACUCAGGCUCCUUCCUGGAAUUACAAAGCCAGCACAGGCUCCACCCCCAGCCACCACCUCCACUGUGACCUCACAACUGAAACAGGCUCCACCCCCAUUCAGUGCCCCUCCUGUGAUUGCAAAGCCAGCACAGGCUCCACCCCCAGCCACCACCUCCACUGUGACCUCACAACUGAAACAGGCUCCACCCCCAUUCAGUGCCCCUCCUGUGAUUGCAAAGCCAGCACAGGCUCCACCCCCAGCCACCACCUUCACUGUGACCUCACAACUGAAACAGGCUCCACCCCCAUUCAGUGCCCCUCCUGUGAUUGCAAAGCCAGCACAGGCUCCACCCCCAGCCACCACCUUCACUGUGACCUCACAACUGAAACAGGCUCCACCCCCAUUCAGUGCCCCUCCUGUGAUUGCAAAGCCAGCACAGGCUCCACCCCCAGCCACCACCUUCACUGUGACCUCACAACUGAAACAGGCUCCACCCCCAUUCAGUGCCCCUCCUGUGAUUGCAAAGCCAGCACAGGCUCCACCCCCAGCCACCACCUCCACUGUGAUCUCACAACCGAAACAGGUUCCACCCCCAGUCAGUGCCCCUCCUGUGAUUGCAAAGCCAGCACAGGCUCCAGAACCACUGAGUGGCACCUCAGUGUCAAGCGAUCCUUUAUUUUCAAAGGUCACACAGUAUUACCACAACCAGAACCUGCAGAGAGCCUCCGGCAUGUACUCAGACAGCCCCUCCAGAACAAACUCCUCAAGCGCGGCAGCCACAUCCUCCAGCACGAGCACAUCGAGCUCAGCCACCACACCUUCAGCUGCAUCGUACACCACAAGUGUUCAGUAUUCACGCUCACCUUACUAUGACAACCUGCAGAGUUCAACAGGAACUGUGUCACACUCUGCUUCACCGGGUAGCACUGCCAGCACACUCACCCACUCUCUCGUCUCCGGCUCUAGCUCAGCUAACACCCUGACACGUGCAUCUGUUAACAGUGGCUCAACAAGCAGCCUGUUUCGGCCUUCCUCUCAGAUUGGCCAGGCAAGCAGUACGACACGCCCACCUUCGCGGAUUGGCUCAGCGAGUACGCUGUCAGGGCCGCGUUACAGCCCUGGCUCCGCUAGCCCCCUGAGCUGGUCCUCUCCCACUCGACAAAGGGCUGCAUUUGCCCAGCAAACAUACAGGAGAAAUGCUGACAAUGACAAAUGUGUUCUGCUUUAGCAUGAUGGGCACCUUUUGUGAGCUCAUCACAGGAGAGAGAAAAACUAAAGGAAAGUUUUAGGCGGAUAUUUUCUGACAGUGCCAAAUUCCUAAUUUUAUAUGGGAUCAGAGGCCUUGUGGUCAGACUCUACUCUGACCCAGAAGGGUGUGGGGUUCAGGUCCUGCCAGAGUCAUACCAAAGACUUAAUGAAGGCCCACUGCCUCCUUGCUUGGCAUUCAACAUGAAGGAGGUGGAUUGUCCUCCUUCAGGGUGUUCUUGUAUAUGGGUCACCCUCUUGACACCACAGAUGUAGACUCUUUCUCUUAUUCCCUUUAAAUAAGGGUAGCCUGAUUUUCUCUUUGCACACAAUCCACACUGUCAUCUGGUUGGUCUGGAUGUGGAACACUAUGCAUGUAAAGCUCUGUAGGUGAGGCUGCUAUGCACAUGUUUGUAAACUGAAAUACCCUGUAGGGCCAACUGAAUUAAAGACCGCGAUCACUGGUGUGGACUUGAGGUGAGGUAAUGAGGGGUGCACCUCUCCUCUUUGACAUAUGUGUAAUGGGAUAGCCAGGCUAUGAUGCAGCCUAAUUUUAAAGUUCCUUGCAAAAGUCAUAGACCAGUGCAGAGUUAGGGCUUGAUCGUUGAUGCUACUCCCAUGGUGUAUUUGGAGUGGUUCAGCUCUGCUGCUUGGUCUCCAUGCCCUGGUCUGAUAGUGUUUCUCAUAUUGGGGUCACCAGAGCGGUUUGCCUGCUUGCCGAUGUUUUAAUAAGCCAUAGCUUAGAGUUUAUUCAUCAGGAAUGGAGAUUCCCAUAUAUCAGCACAACAGAAAAUAACAUUUAAACCGAGGAAAACGAAACAACAGCUUUUUACAGCAUUUCCCAGCUUAAUACUCAAGGAUUAUGAACUAAUUAUUAUAAUCCCUUUAAUCAUUUACUUUUCACUGAUAUAUAUACUACCUGCUAAUCAGCAUUUUAAUCUUCAGUGGAGCAGUGGAAGCACAUGGAAGGGUUGGUUUCCUCCGCGCUCAGGGGUGUGGCUGUAUGCACUCCUUGGGGCGUCCUGUCUACCCACAGUGUGUUCAUUUCUACUCUGCUGAGCACCAUUGUCAACGUAUUACAAAAAGGAAAUCAGCAGCCAGAUCCUCUGUGUGGGUUUUUUUUAAAAUAAUU